AUGGCGCCAUCUUCUGUCUGGACCUCACUCUCCAAUUCUCGCUCUCGGCAGCAAGCGGUGGCAAGAAUCCUUUCAACCGUGGAGUAUGCCCUCAACGUCGCUCAAGGCCAGGCGCGAGCAGCCCAAGCCGCACCGGCAGCGCGUCGUCGUCAACCACAGCGGGUGCAGCGAGAACGACAGCGACUGCAGCGACGACAAGGAGACAGCGCAGAGGAGGAAGACGAUGACGAUGACGAUGACGAUAACGAUGACGAUAACGACGACAACGACAACGACGACCAUGUCUCCGACGUGAGCGGGAGGUUUAACGUGGACGAGCUUCUCGACUUGGGCCUUGCUCGCUACAGGGAGAAAGGCAUCAAGGUGCUCUGCUUGCCCUGCUUGGAGGACGAGGUGGCGCAACUGAAGAAGCAGGUGCAAGAGCACAAGGCGGAGAUGAUGAGGCAGUCCGAGGACCACAAGAAGCAGUUCGAGGCGCUGGAGGGGAAGCACGUCAAGGACAAGGAGGAGCUGCUGAAGCAGGUCAACGCCAAGCUGCUGCGCGCCUUGUCAGGAUCCUCUUCGACGAGCGCGGGGGCCGCCGGAAAGAAGCCUGCCAGCAAGCCCCCACGAUCGAGGUCGGCGUCAACUGCCCUCAAGCCCUCGAGCACCAGCCAGUCGAGAGAGUCGAGCUUCAGCUCCCCCAAGGCCAAGUCGGCAAUCUCCAGCUCGUCGAAGCAGUUCAAGGCCAUCUCGCCCACGCCGGCGACGGCCAAGCGCGCGAGGUCGGAGCUUGGGUCCAAGUCCAGCCAGAAGAUGAAGAGAAAAUCGAGGGACGUCGACGACGAGCAGGAGGAUGAGGACGACACGGAGUCCGAUGCCGACGGCCCGCGCAAGAUGAGGCGUAAAUGA